AUGAGUCGUGGCAGCAGCAGCAGUAGCGGCAGUGGCAACAGACUUUACAUUUUUAUUUUUUCAACCGUUUUUUUAUUAUUUACACGUGUUGAGUCUCGUGGUGAUUCGAAUCAUUUUGCAUACAUAACGGAACAUCCGCAUCAAGCUCAAAUAUCUUAUUUCAGUUACAUCGUUUGCGGGGGUUCAAUUAUCAGUAGUAAAUUUGUUUUAACGGCUGCUUAUUGCAUAUACAAUUCGUAUUUUCAUAGGACAGAUGAUCCAAAAUAUUAUUCGGUUUUCGUCGGUUCCGACACACCGAACAGAGGUGAUAAAUAUUUGAUAAGCACUAUGAUAGCUCACGAGCAUUACAGUACUAAUAAAUGGAAUUGCAUUGAAAACGAUAUCGGAUUGAUUAGAAUAAGGGAAAGUAUUAUUUUUUCACCCAGCGUUCAACCUAUAAAACUUGCAAUGAUACGACCUCCGACGGAAGAAACGGCUUGGAUAACCGGAUAUGGAACUUACGAAACCGGAAUCUUCACGCUACCAUCGAAAUUGAAAGCCAUCCCAUUGAAAAUAUUAAAUAUUUCGCAAUGUAAAAUGAAAAAUACGAAUACGUGUUAUCCUCCCAGGAGUAUCAUAUGUGCCGGAUAUUCCCGUAGAGAAAAUACAACUUGUUUAGGUGAUCCCGGAGGUCCGCUCACCGUUGAUAAUAAAUUGGUAGGAGUUGCUAAUUCCGGUGAAAAUGGUUGUCCCGGUUAUCAUCCUGGAGAUUAUGCGAGCGUUUCUUAUCAUUGGAAGUGGAUAAAAAAUACGAUGGAAACAUACGAUUAA